GGGAUGCAGAUAUGAUGAUGAUAAAUCACAAUCCAUCCGUAUGGAACAUGAUAAUACGAGCAAUUGACUGAUGAGCAGAAACGAGGGCAUUAGUCACAUCAUGGCCAUGAGCCACCCAUCAUCAUCAUGGUUGCGGAAAGAUUCCAUAUACACAUAUACAUACGGCGUACAAUAUAUGUAUCGCCACAAAAUAGAAAUUAAAUAAUGGGAAAAGACGGUACAACGGCGUGCCCUCAAGGGCCGGUAAUGAUUACAUAUGGACUCAUCCCGAUAUGGCUAUGGCUAGACAUAGAAAGAGAGAAGGAAAUCCAACCCACAACCUCCGCAGCCACAGCCGCCAUUUCCUCCCUCAUUUACACCCAUUUCUGCAUUUAUUAAUCAAUAAUCAAUCCUCGUCCACUUAAUUAAUGACCCCUUUAUUAAUCUAGUGCCCACCAAAGAAAAAUCUGAAGCGACAGAAUGAAAAUGAAAAGUAUCUCCCAAAACCCAAAAUUCUCUAAUUAAUUAAAAUUAAAGUUAACAGACAGACAGACACAUAGAGAACGAGUGUGGGAAAGAAAGCUCUUUGGGUUCAUUUUUCAUUGAUAUGAUGAUGAUGAUGACGAUGACUGUUUGUAUAUUCGUUAAAUCUUCUACAGUCCCAUUCAUCUCCCGAUUGACUAUUUCAUAGAUUUAAAGUGAAAUCCGCGAUAAGAAUUGAAUCUGGGUAUCUUAUGAAAAGAUUGGAUUUUGGGUUUGUUUUUAAAUCUAAUCCAGGAUCUAUUUCAAAAUUUCCCAACAGGAGAUUAUACGACAACCACCACUCACCAUCAUCAUCAUUAGUAUAUAAAGGGCAACUGCGUUAUGAAUGAAAACGCCAAAUGUAGAAGCUGCUACCACACUCUCACUCACCUUCAUCCUUACAUCAUCACUUCACCUUAAAUCUCUCCAUCUCCAGAAGAUUUUCUUCCUUUUUGCCCUCCUUUCUGGCUUUCUUCACCUUCACGCUUAUUUCCCAGCGGCCGUUUCCCUUAAAAUCCGAGCCCGACCUCUUCUUUCUUCCCUUUUUUCUGUAUAUAUAAAGAACCUUAGCUUCAAACUCUCUUUACACUUACAAUAACAAUUCCUCUGUUUCUAGACCGGGAAGUUAAAAACAGGAUGAUGGUGAGGGUGGAGGUGCGAGAUUACGACGCCAAGAGAGACGCCAAGGCGGUGGAAGAGGUGGAGCGGGAGUGCGAAGUCGGCAGCGCCGCCGGGAAACUCGCCAUCUUCACCGACCUCAUGGGUGACCCCUUAUGCCGAGUCCGGAACUCCCCUGCUUUUCAUAUGCUUGUUGCGGAGGCGGUGGUGGUGACCAUGGACGGAAGACAAACCAGAGAGAUGGUGGGGAUGAUCCGAGGUUGCAUCAAGACUGUUUCUUGUGGGAAGAAGCUCUCAAGGAAUAGUAAUCAUAAUACGAAAAACAACAAUAAUAGUCAUCUCCCUGUUUACGCUAAAGUCGCUUACAUCUUAGGCCUUCGGGUCUCUCCUUCUCACAGGAGGAUGGGGAUUGGGUUGAAACUGGUCAAAAAACUGGAGAUGUGGUUUAUGGAGAAUGGUGCUGAAUAUUCUUACAUGGCCUCUGAAAAUGACAACAAAGCUUCUAUCAACCUCUUCACUCAUAAAUGCGGUUACUCACUCUUUAGAAGGCCUUCCAUACUGGUCCAACCCGUUUUUGCCCACCGGGUCCGGGUCUCCGAUAAGGUCACCAUCAUCAAGCUCAGCCCCGGCGACGCCGAGGUUCUAUACCGCCGGCGUUUCUCCACCACCGAGUUCUUCCCGCGGGACAUCGACUCCAUUCUGAGGAACAGGCUGAAUCUGGGUACCUUCCUCGCCGUGCCGAAGGGGCGUUACACCGGUGACUCGUGGCCGGGCUCCGGCGAGUUUCUGGCGGACCCGCCCGAGUCUUGGGCCGUGCUGAGCGUGUGGAACUCGAUGGACGUGUUCAAGCUUGAAGUCCGGGGGGCGUCCAAGAAGCUAUUGGGCUUCGCGAAGACGACGCGGUUACUGGACCGGGCCUUCCCCUGGCUGCACCUGCCGUCUGUUCCGGAGGUUUUCAGGCCUUUUGGGCUGCAUUUUCUGUAUGGGCUCGGCGGGGAAGGCCCGUUGGGGGUGAAGUACAUAAAGGAGCUCUGCGGGCUGGCCCACAACCUGGCGAAGGAGAGAGGGUGUGGGGUGGUGGCGACGGAGGUGGCGAACGGCGACCGGCUCAGUUUAGGGAUCCCACACUGGAAGAAGCUAUCGUGCGCCAACGACUUGUGGUGCAUUAAACGGCUGGGGGGAGAGUCCAGUGACGCGGCGGUCGGUGAUUGGACGAAGUCCCAACCUGGUCUCUCCAUUUUUGUUGAUCCUAGGGAGGUCUAGAUAAUUUGGUGGCCCAGCCCAUACUACAAGUAGUAGAAUCUAAUUUAGUUUAGGGGUUCUUAAUUACAAUAAUUAAAGAAAAAAACAGUGAAGCAACAAAGAAAGGUUGUUGUCCUUUUUCCUUGUAGAUCUUCUCUUAUUAUUAUGACCUUUUUCGUGCACUUCUUUCUAUGGCUUACGAGUAUCAUAUUGACGUUACUCUUUAUGUUGAGCUAUAAGUUUCUCUACUUGGGAGGAUUAUUUAAAUCAAUCCAUCCAGAUUUUGCCGAGGAUUAUUUCUAUGUAUUCUAUAUUUAGCGCCGC